GAGAGAGAGAGAGAGAGAGCGAGUACCGUUUCUUAUCAGGUCCCAGUUUAAAACUUUUUGUAGCCCUAUUCCAGCUAGACUUAAUGGUUUUCUAUUGGUUCUUAAAGACGAAUUGUUUAGCAAACAUGCCUUUAAAAAUCAUGGUCAGUCUUGUGUGACCGUAUGUGUGAACACCUGAGCACACUGACCUCUUGAAUAUUGCUCAAGUUCUUACUCAAGCCACAAACAUCGCAAAAACCGCGUUCCUCUCACACCCCGCUACGCGACUGGAGCGCACCGCCGCUCUCCUCACGGCGGGAGGGUGUGUCCAUACAGAAGCUUUUAGUAAUGCCAAAGCAGGUUUUUCAGGUCUCCGGUAGACAUUGAAAAGAGGGACCCGUGGCUCCGUUACUCCAUUCUUUUCUGCAGCGGAUAACGGCAGUGUGAAGAUGGCAGCAGCCACGCAGCAGUCGAUGGCGAGUCUGCCCAGCGGAUUCCGCGUCUGUUCCACCGCACCGGACAUCCUCUACAUGCCUGAACUGGUGUGUGGAGGGCUGGUUUGGAUCCUGGUGGCUUCCACACACGUGCAACCCAACAAUCCUCUUGGAUGGGUCAUGUUUGUGUCUGUAUUCUGCUUUGUAACCACUUUUCUCUGGUUAAUCACGUUUGCCUGCGGGGGACACAAGAACAGGGGAAUCUGCUCUUUACUGGACUUUCUUUAUCACCUGAUUGCUGCAAUGUUUUACCUGAGUGCCUCGGUCCCUCUGGCCACUGUGACCAUCAACAUGAGAAACGCAACCACCAUUGCCAUAUAUCCCUUUAACUACUACCAGAUCGACAUUGCGGCAGUGGUAUUCGCCUACCUCGCCACAUUGCUCUACUUCAUCCACUGCAUCCUUUCUGCUUGUCGAUGGAAAUCCUUCUGUUGAGGCGAAACAAAGAAUUGGGAAAAGUUGUAUAAGCACUACAGAAAGUUAACAUUGGAAAGCUGCUGAGGACGAGAGAUGAAUCUCACCCUCCACACCUGAGACUAAAUUAACUCGAAACAUGAAAUUAACUCACUAAUGUGUUUCAUACUAGAGGACUCAGACCUCUUUCUUUUUAAAAAUGACUCUUUCAUAUAUUUGGGAGAAGGGAACUUUUUUAAGUAUCGAUACAAAGACAAAUGAAGGAAACGUUUCUGGGUUUUGUAUUCUCAUUGUAACUUUGUACUAGAUUAAUCAAUUUUGAUGUAUUUAUCUUUACAACAUACUAUGAACACAAUAUUACAGUAAAAGACAAUGAACUGGACUGUUUACGUUUGAUGCAUUUAACCGUUCACAGAUGCUGAAUACAGGCCAGAGAGUAUUCUGGCGCUUGUAUUUGUGAGAUCAGCUUGUAACAAUAGAGUCCACCUCUGAACUUGUAAAGAAAGUUCCACAUUCAGAUGGUGUCCAAGAACGUGUCUAGCUCAUCCAUACACAUACAAGCAAUGUCAUCACAAGUCUAUGUAAUGUAAGCUAAUAACUUAACAAACCAAGAAAAGGGCUAUUGGCAUAUUCUAUGUGUGGAAGUAAAAGCAUGCCAAAAUGUUGGAUUUCAAUAAACACCCUUUUAACAGAAUACCUGAAAAA